AUGACACCUAACAUGACACCUAACAUGACACCCAGCAGGACACCUAACAUGACACCCAGCAGGACACCUAACAUGAGACCUAACAUGACACCUAACAUGGCACCUAACAUGACAACCAGCAGGACACCAAACAUGACACCUAACAUGAGACCUAACACGACACCUAACAUGACACCUAACAUGACACCUAACAUGACACCUAACAUGACACCUAACAUGACACCCAGCAGGACACCUAACAUGACACCUAACAUGACACCUAGCAGGACACCUAACAUGACACCUAACACGACACCUAACAUGACACCUAACAUGACACCUAACACGACACCUAACAUGACACCGAACAUGACACCCAGCAGGACACCAAUCAUGACACCUAACAUGACAACCAGCAGGACACCUAACAUGACACCUAACAUGACACCCAGCAGGACACCUAACAUGACACCCAGCAGGACACCCAGCACGACACUACAACAGAACGCCCAGCUGGACACCCUGUCCGGUAACAACAUAAUGACAAUUGGCGAAACAGUUCCCCACUCAAAGGAUGCUAAACCUAACUCUGAACGGACUAACCAAUCCUAA